AUGCCUGAUAGCAACCGCGACCCAUCAACAUCGACGUCGCCAGCGACACCCACCAAUCCAUCUAGGUAUCUCCAUCUCCCUGCCAUCCCAUUGACGAUAGCAGCAAUUAGUAGCGUUAAUCCGGGCGAGUUUGCGAGCUUGAGCCCGAACAGUAGAUCUCUUUUGAAACGGGAAUGUGCGUACUUUUUGAAGGAUUACAUGAUGGAUUUGAAUCGAAAGAGUGAUCUUUCGGGUAGAUGUAUAAGGAUUUCGAUCAAAAGGUCAUCGUUGGCAGCAACUUUGUCAGCAGAUGAUGUACACUCAGGCAUGGAGGCUUUAGUGACUCCUACUGGCAGACUUGAUUCUUCAGAUAGCAUAUUGUGA